AUGGCCAGCAAAACAGAUUCUUUUGCUACUUUCCUCAUCAUCGGCCCCACAUGCUUCUUCCUAGGCAUCCUCUUCUCCUCCUUCCCCUACGACUACAACGUCCUCUGGACCACGCCGCCUAACCGGGACAUCUACUUCAACAUUCUCGAAGACCACAUCAAAUUCCUGUACGCAUCACCGCCCAUCAUCUCGCGCAUCCUGCACAUCGCAAUCGGUACCGGCCUGGUGGGCUUCCUGACGAAAUUGUACCGCGCAACCGAGGCUAAUUACCUGUUCGAUGGCGCGUCGCUGGUGCUGUACUUCGCUGGCAUCCUCGUCUACCUCACCAAUAUCGUGAAGGGGUUCCGUGUUGUGACGGCGGGCAUCUAUGGCGCGGUUCCGGAGGAUCAACUCGCGGAAGGGGAGGAAAACGACUACAUCAGCCGUGAAGAUACGCUGAGGGUGUUCGCGGCUAGUAACACGAUCUUGGCGCUUGUGCUGGUGGGCGUUUUGGUGUUGCAGGCCGGGCAAUGGUAUGCGCUGAGGAAGGAGGAGAGGGAGAUGGAGGAAAUGGAUCGAAUGGCGGAGGAGAAGAGGACCGGGAAGAAGAGGCAAUAG